GAGUUUUCUUCUUCAGCUAAAUAUAGCUGGUUAUUCAAUUUUAGCACAAGCUUAACUAGCAUAGACCUCUCCAAUAAUCAGCUCGACGGUCAAAUUGAUGAUCGAUUUGGGAACUUGAUGUAUCUUGAACAUCUUAAUCUUGCAAAUGAGCUUAAUCUUAAAGGUGGGAUUCCAAGUUCUUUUGGCAAUUUGACACGUUUACGUUAUCUGGACAUGUCUAACACUCAAACAUACCAAUGGCUUCCUGAGUUGUUUCUCAGGUUAUCAGGCAGUAGGAAAACACUUGAGGUUUUGGGGUUGAACGACAACUCAAUGUUUGGUUCAUUGGUUAAUGUCACAAGAUUUUCAGCCUUAAAGAGAUUAUACCUGCAGAACAAUGUGCUGAAUGGUUUUUUCAUGGAAAGAUUUGGACAAGUUUCGAGUCUUGAGUAUCUAGACUUGUCUGAUAACCAAAUGAGAGGGCCAUUACCAGAUUUAGCAUUGUUUCCAUCAUUGAGAGAGUUGCAUCUUGGAUCUAAUCAAUUUCAAGGGAGGAUACCACAAGGUAUUGGAAAACUAUCACAGCUUAGAAUUUUGGACGUCUCGUCCAAUAGACUGGAAGGUUUACCAGAAAGUAUGGGGCAACUAUCAAACUUGGAAAGUUUUGAUGCCUCUUACAAUGUCCUGAAGGGUACAAUCACUGAGUCCCACCUUUCAAACCUCUCCAGUUUAGUGGAUUUGGACUUAUCGUUCAAUUCAUUGGCUUUGAAGACGAGCUUCGAUUGGCUUCCUCCUUUUCAGCUUCAAGUUAUAAACCUUCCAUCUUGCAAUUUGGGACCUUCUUUCCCCAAGUGGCUUCAAAGUCAAAACAACUAUACUGUUCUUGAUAUCUCUCUUGCAAAUAUUUCAGACACGCUACCAAGUUGGUUUUCAGGUUUACCUCCCGAUCUAAAGAUUUUGAAUCUCUCCAACAACCAAAUCAGUGGAAGAGUGUCUGACUUAAUAGAGAAUACAUAUGAUUACAUGGUUAUAGAUUUAAGCUCUAACAACUUUUCAGGACCUUUGCCAUUAGUUCCUACCAAUGUGCAAAUAUUUUACCUGCACAAAAAUCAGUUUUUCGGAUCCAUCUCUUCCAUUUGUAAAAGUAAAACAGCAGCCACUUCCCUUGACCUAUCACACAAUCAAUUCUCAGGAGAGCUUCCUGAUUGUUGGAUGAAUGUGACUAAUCUAGCUGUUCUUAAUCUAGCCUAUAACAAUUUCUCUGGAAAACUUCCACAGUCAUUAGGCUCCUUGACAAAUUUAAAGGCGUUAUACAUGCGCCAGAACAGUUUUAGUGGAAUGUUGCCUUCUUUUUCACAAUGUCAGUCGUUGCAAAUCUUGGAUCUUGGAGGGAAUAAGCUGACAGGAAGAAUCCCAGCAUGGAUAGGGACUGACCUACUCAACUUGCGCAUUCUAAGCCUGCGGUUCAACAAAUUCUAUGGUAGCAUUCCAUCGAUCAUUUGUCAGCUUCAGUUUCUUCAGAUACUGGACCUUUCAACAAAUGGAUUAUCUGGGAAAAUUCCACAAUGCUUCAAUAAUUUUACCUUACUGCAUCAAGAAAAUGGUUUGGGUGAGCCAAUGGAAUUUGAAGUUCGAGGUUUCUAUGGCAAAUAUUCUCGACAUUUCUCGUACCUAAGCAAUUUAUUGGUUCAAUGGAAAAACCAGGAGGCUGAGUACAAGAAUCCUUUAAUAUAUCUGAAGACUAUUGAUCUUUCAAGUAACAAAUUGGUUGGAGGUAUCCCUAAAGAAAUAGCUGAAAUGAGAGGAUUGAAAUCUUUGAACCUUUCAAGAAAUGAUCUGAAUGGAAGUAUCAUUGAAGGAAUAGGUCAAAUGAAGAUGUUGGAGUCACUUGACAUGUCAAGAAACCAGCUUUCUGGAAUGAUACCUAAGGGCCUUGCUAACUUGACUUUUAUUGGUGUGUUGGACUUGUCAAACAAUCACUUAUCAGGGAGAAUUCCAUCAAGCACUCAACUCCAAACUUUUGAGACAUCAUCCUACAGUGGUAACGCUCAACUCUGCGGUCCUCCUCUUCAAGAAUGUCCCGGAUAUGCUCCUCCUAGUCCCCAUAUUGAUCAUAGCAGCAACAUGAAUCCUCAAGAACAUGGUGAGGAUGCGGAGUUUCCAUCUCGGGAGUUUUAUAUAUCAAUGGUGUUUGGUUUCUUUCUUGCAUUUUGGGGAAUCUUGGGCUGUUUAAUUGUCAACCCUUCUUGGAGGAAUGCCUAUUUCACAUUCUUAGCGGACAUGAUGAGUUGGCUCGAUAUGAUAUCAAGAGUCUGUUGUUCAAGGCUGAAGAGAAAGCUGAGGGCCUGAUAACUGUAAAGUUUCUAUGUACUUGUUUACUUUCAAGACGUAACUUGUUUUCUGUAUUUUUUUCCUCCAUUUCCUACUCUUGUUGUGGUUUUGAAGCUACCCAAAUCUUGAAAUUUGUGAAUGUUGAUUAGAAUAAUGUUAAUGAUAGAAUUUUACAAGACAA